GCUUAAGGCUCCGGCCUCUGUGUGACUCGACACUCAGGGUUGACUCAGGGGUCUCCUCGGUACCUCUACAGGAUCUACGGUGGUAUCUAUAUCCUUAUACCAUACUAUUCCCGCCACUGGCAGUUCGCUCAGCGCUGUGACGCUAUACCCCACAUAGACAUGCCUGUUACCGUUAUAACGUCAAAGCCAGUGCCCGCUGAGUUAUCGGGGACUUUCAGAUUCAUAGACAUCGGAGUUAAUCUCACCGAUGUUGUAUUUCAUGGCAUUCACCAUGGCAAAAAAAGACACGAAGACGACUUUGAAGCAGUACUGGACAGGUCCCGGUUAGCUGGCGUUCAAUCCAUGAUAAUCACAGGCGGAAGCCUUCGAGAAUCAAAGACUGCGCUGUCUCUUGCUGCUCAACAUGGCUUUUUUGCGACGGUGGGGUGCCAUCCGACCCGCUCAAAGGAAUUUGAUGAGUACCCAGGCGGCCCAGAAGCCUACCUUCAGGCGCUGGACAGUUUAAUAAGUGCCAACCUCCACGGUCAAGGCAGGGUUGUCGCUAUUGGCGAGUGUGGCUUGGAUUACGAUCGCACGCACUUUGCACCGGAAGAUGUACAACGACGACACUUCCGCUCACAGUUAUUUCUCGCCAAAAAGUACAAGUUGCCGCUGUUCCUUCACUGCCGUGCAGCACACAAAGACUUUGUGAACAUCCUUCGUGACGAAGGUUUCGGGGAGGAUGGAGAGAGAAAGGGGGUUGUUCACAGUUUCACAGGGUCAGUUGAAGAGGUCGUCGAACUUAUGGACAUGGGCUUCCACAUAAGCGUCAAUGGGUGCUCCCUCAAAACCGAGCAAAACCUCCUAGCUGCAAAGGCAAUUCGACCGGACAAGCUCUUACUCGAGACAGAUGCUCCUUGGUGCUCCAUGACCUCAACACAUGCGUCAAAGACUUUGCUAGAUACGCUCCCGGCGUCAUUGAAGUCAAAGUAUUUCCCUUCCGGCACUAAAUUGCCUUCAUUCAUGAUGGGGAAGCCAGUGAAAGGGAGAAACGAGCCCAGUGCGAUCGGAGGCGUUGCAUGGGUCAUACACAAGCUCAAUGAAGGGGUCCCGUUUGAGAAGGUAACAGAAAAGGUGUACAAGAAUACCGUUCAGCUAUUUGGCCUAGAUGAGCUUCAGGUUGCAUAGUAAGGAGAUGACAGUCAACUACAAAGUUGGAGCUUCGCAAGUUUCCAUAUGAAACAAAUAUAGAACAUGUUUGGUUCCGUAAUCA